AUGGAGUUCGGCGACAGCUCUCUGACGAUCGCUAUCAACGCUUGCAUGUCGGCUGCAGCGUUUUUAAUUUGUUUGAAUAUUAUCCCGAAAUUUUCUGAUAUGUUCAUCAAGGCGAAUUUGUAUGGGAUUGAUCUGAACAAGCCAGUUCAGAACGAGAAGAAAAAAGUCCCAGAAGCAUUGGGUGUUGUGUGUGGUGCUGUGUUCCUGGCCACCAUGUUUCUCUUCAUGCCAAUUCCAUUUUACAAACAGCUGGCUGUAAACACUCCAGGCAAAUUUCCCCAUCAUGAGUAUAUCCACUACCUGGCGGCACUGUUGUCCAUUUGCUGCAUGGUGUUUCUGGGAUUUGCUGAUGAUGUUCUGGACCUGCGGUGGCGCCACAAGCUGCUGCUUCCAACCCUGGCUUCCUUACCUCUGCUCACUGUUUAUUUCAUCAACAUCAACUCUACAACUGUUAUCAUGCCGAAACAACUGCGCUGGCUCGUUGGUUUCGACUUAAACCUAGGACCACUCUACUAUCUGUACAUGGGGAUGUUGGCUGUCUUCUGCACCAAUGCUAUCAACAUUCACUCCGGAGUCAACGGUCUAGAAGUUGGACAGUCGUGUGUCAUCAGUCUUUCUGUUCUUAUCUUCAACUUCAUUGAGAUGCAAGGUGAGCAAAGGAUGGGACAUGUUUUCUCCGUCUACUUCAUGAUGCCAUUUCUGGCGGUCAGUUUGGCUCUUCUCAUACACAACUGGUACCCCUCCAGGGUGUUUGUUGGGGACACCUACUGCUAUUUCUCUGGCAUGACCUUUGCGGUUGUGGGAAUCCUGUCCCACUUCAGCAAGACCAUGUUGCUGUUCUUCAUCCCACAAGUCAUCAAUUUCAUCUACUCUGUCCCGCAGUUGUUCCAUUUUAUCCCGUGUCCCAGGCAUCGGCUACCUAGGCUAAAUGUGGAGUCAGGAAAACUGGACAUCAGCUGCACCACAUACAAGACCGGCAGUCUGUCUCCCAUUGGCCAAUUGUGCAUUCGUGUCUUUUCUUUAUUUCGUCUCAUCACAGUGCGGGCAGGAGUUGGAGAAAAUGGCAUGUACACACAGGUGAAUAACUUGACACUAAACAACUUUAUUCUGAGACUGUUUGGGCCCCUCCACGAGAGGACACUAGUUCUUAUAUUGCUGUUUAUACAGAUUGUCUGCAGCUGUCUGGCUUUCUCAAUACGAUAUCAACUUGCGAAAAUGUUCUAUGAAAGCUAG